ACUUGUACGAGUGGGAACGGUCAUUUAAGGUCAUUCCACUGUAGAAGUACGCCCCUAGUCUGCUCCCAUAGAACAGCUACACUCCGUGGAAGGGAAAUCAUGCUUGUCGUUUGUUUCCCAAUUUCUCUCUAAGCUGUGAUUACCUGAUAAACUAUUUUGGGCAAACUCACAAUCACAGAGGCAGAGGGCUCACCUUCUUCAUCCUUUUUCACUUUCUUUAUUCCGUCUGUCUCUCUGCGAUUGAACCUUUUAUCCGUACUUUCACAUGCUCUUGCUUCCUCCGCUUUCUCUCUUUCCGUCUAUUGCCCGUCUCAACGAUCUUCUAUUCUUGUUUUCUUUGUUUGGGCAUUUCUCAUUUCGCUUUAGCUUCUUCGGUUUCUUCUCCCCCUUUUGGUGAUUGCGUCGCUUCCCUUCCUUGGCAACCCCUCAAAUUUGGCCCCUUCCCACGUUCACCGCUGCUUCAAUCUCACUUGGGUAUUUCUCUUUUUUUGCUUUUUGGUAUCAUUAGUUCCCUAGGGUUUUGAUUCUAGCACCGUGGGCUAAUCUUGAUUUUCCCCCUUCGUGGGCAAGGUCGAUUUCGCUGUGUUGUUCGCUUUCCUCUGCUGGGUUGCUGUUAGAUCUCAAUUCUUGUUCUUGGUUGCGUUUUCUCAAUUCUUGUUCUUGGUUGCGUUUCUUGCCUUCUUAUUUUCUCUCUCUCUCUCUCUCUCUCUCUCCAAUUCGAAGACAAUGUCACAAGGGUAUGCAAUCGAACUUUACUUCGAUCCAGCACUUGAAAACCAGGUCUUGAAGGCCUGGAACGUGCUCGCUCGCCGCCAAAUCAGUACUCAGCUGAUCGAGAUGGAGUCGCGCCCGCACAUCACCCUGUUCUCCAGCCCCUUCGUUGAACCCGCAAAGCUGGAGAACAUCGUAAAGGGCUUCGCUUCGAAGCAAGAACCCCUGCCCUUAUCUUUUUCUUCCGUUGGAGGCUUCCCCAGUGACAAUAAUGUUCUCUUUCUUGCCCCAACUCCUACAAUGUCGCUUCUGCAAUUUCAUUCGCAAUUAUGUGAUGCAAUGAAGAAGGAGGGCAUUGAAAUAGGGGAGGAGUAUCGCCCGGAGUCGUGGAUUCCUUACUGCUCUGUUGCUCUAGAGGUGCCGAAGAGUCGGAUGGGCGAGGCGUUCUGUGUUUUGCGAGAUUUGAAGUUGCCAGUCACCGGCUACGCCAUGGAUAUUGGGCUGGUAGAGUUUUCGCCUGUUCGUGAACUCUUUUCAUUUGUGCUUGGUAAUGCAGUAGAAGGAUGAAUUUUCAAGUUGAGCUGUUUUCCAAUUUGUUGUAUCUUUUGAAUGUGUUACAUCUCUGAUUGUGCUGACAGUGCUGUAGGAACUGAGUGUAGAUUAGCAUCAGUGGUGCUAGUUAGAACAUGGAAACAAAAUUUGCUUUCCCUGUCCCCAUAUAUAGUUCGCAAUUGAGAAUGUGUUUUCUGAAA